CAGUCGCACUAGUCCAAAAUCGCCGACCCACACAACCCGCAACCCCACAUCUCUCAGCCCCCGACCCCACUUCCGAUCUCCACCCCCAUCUCGCCGGCGAUGCCGCCGCCGCCGUCGGCCACGGCGGGGCGGAGGUCCCCAUUCUCCGCCCUCCUCCUCUACGUCACCUUCGCGCUCGUCAUCCUGCUCCUCCUCACCUCCUACUCACCCAGCAUCCCGCACCGGGGCCGCAGCCUCCACCGCCGCCUCAAGCUCCACCCCAGGAACCCCUCCCUCUCCGGGGCCGGCGCGGGGGCACCCACCGGAGGAAACGGGGCUCCGCAGAAGCAGCAGAACCACCACCACGCGGCGCCCUUCGACCCGGAGAUCGCGGAGCUGGAGCGGCGGCUGGAGGACAAGGAGUGGGAGCGCGAGCACUACCGCAUCCUGCACGGCGACGGCGGCGGAGGGGAGGCGGACGAGCACAUGAGGGAAUGGGAGGAGUUCCUCAGGGAGGACGAGGACUUCAUCAACGACGACGAGCGGUUCAACCUCGGCGACCGCAUCCGCGCGCUCUUCCCCAAGAUCGACCUCGCCCCGCGCGACGGCUUCGCCUCCCUCGACGAGCUCACCAGGUGGAACCUCGAGCAGUCCAGAGCCGACCAGCUCCACCGCUCCGCUCGGGAGAUGGAGCUCUACGACAAGAAUGGCGACGGGGUUGUCUCCUACGGGGACUUCCGGGCUCAGCACAACGAAUCGAGUGGAGAGGUUAAUUCGCUGGGGUUCCCAUGGUGGAAAGAGGAGCAUUUCAAUGCUUCGGAUGCAGAUGGCCAUGGUUUCCUUAAUAAAACCGAGUUUAAUGACUUCCUUAAUCCCAGCGAUUCAGAGAAUCCCCAAAUUAUCAAUUUGCUCUGCAAACAAGAAAUAAGACAGAGAGACAAGGAUGGUGAUGGAAAGCUAAACUUUGAAGAAUAUUUUCAUGGGCUACAUGACCAUAUACAUGGUUAUGAUUACGAGAACGCAGAUAUUUCCCAUAUUGGGAACAAUACAGUAGCUAAGGAGCGGUUUUCCAAACUUGACAAAGACAGUGAUGGGUUUAUUUCAGAGCACGAACUAGAACCUGUUCUUGAUAAGCUCCAUCUUUCAGAACGUUAUUAUGCUAGACAACAAGCUGCCCAUGCUAUUUCAGAGGCUGACAAAGAUCAUGAUGGAAGACUAACUUUGGAUGAGAUGAUUGAGAACCCGUAUGCAUUUUAUGGCAGCGUCUUCCUUAGCGACGACGAAGACUAUUUUCAUGAUGAAUUCCGCUGAGGUGUCUGCAGAUUGUUGGUGUUGCAAGUAUGGUUUGCGGAUCGAUCCAAGAUGCUUUCACCAUCAGACUGAAUGAUCUAGGAGCUGCUAACCACACAAAAAGAGAACUUCAGCUGUUUGGUACCCUAGAGUUCUUUCUAUCAGGUACUCAGGUGGAGCACCAAGCUGGCUAAUGCCAGCGAUAUUAGGUUACAUACAUGCCAACUUGCCUGCCUUUAUUUAGGGUGAGCCGCUAACCUGACCUGACAUAUGUUGUGUAUUAUCUCAUCAGUUUUGUAAAAUGCAAUGGAUGGAGUCUAGGAGAGCAAUCAUAGUAGAAUGGACAUGACCAGACCAGUGAGCUAAUUGUGCCUUUCUUCUUUCUUUUUUUCUGAAGUGUGAGCUAAAUUAUGCCUUCCUUGUUGAAACAUAAUGACUGGAUUGCUGA